GUGGCGUCCCGGGGGAGCGGGACGAGCCCCGGCCCCGCGCCCCGCUCAGCACCGGCCGGAGCUGCCAUUGGCUCCGGCAGGAGCGCUGACCGCCAGCCGCCUCCGAACUAUUUCCUGUUGCUGCAGCGUUAAUGCUAAACAGACCUUGCUCUCUCUUCCCUCGCUCCAGCCAAAGUGCAGCGGCUCUGCCGCCGCCGCCUUCCCACCCCGAUGCCAAGCAUGUGCCGUCCUUGGAGCCGCUGAGAACCGCCAGGCACAGGAUGGAGAGUCGCCGGAGGGACAUGGAGCUGCUCAGCAACAGCAUGGCCGCGUACGCCCACAUCCGAGCCAACCCCGAGAGCUUCGGGCUCUACUUCGUGCUGGGCGUCUGCUUCGGGCUGGUGCUCACGCUGUGCCUGCUGGUGCUGCGCUUGUCCUGCCGGCCCUCCCCGCGGCCCCCGGCGCGCCCCGGCGACCUCAGCGAGGACGAGGAGGACGACGAGGAGGACGAGGACGAAGAGGACACCGUCGACCGCGCAGCGUCUGAGUCGCUGCUGCCGGUGACCGAGAUCCCGCUGGAGAGCCACGGCCCCGGGGACGGGGCGCUGGCCGUGAAUGUGUUCGCAUCGGCCGAGGAGCUGGAGCGGGCGCAGCGGCUGGAGGAGCGUGAGCGCAUCAUCCGCGAGAUCUGGCGCAACGGGCAGCCCGACAUCCUGGGCUCCGGCACCAUCGGCACCCUGGGCCGCGUCCACUACUACUGAGCCCGGCAGCUGCCCUGGCACGGUGUCUGCUCCCCCACAGCUGAUCCCACACCGUGCCAGGAGGGACCAGGAGGACAGGGGGGCUGCUCACUGCCCCUGAGCUGGCAGAGCUGCCCUGGACUGUCCCUGCACCACGGAGAGCCAGACCCCGGUGUCACGGGCACCCCCGGGGCUGGACUCGCCCCCGCCGCUGUGGGACACGAUGCACUUUGAGCCAUUGGUACGACGGCUGGCACCAGCCGAGCAGCCCCGGGACACGCGGGGACAGGGACAAGGACAGGGCAGCCCUUGCUGCCCGGCUCAGCCGGGAUCUGGCGGGGGGUUCAUCCCGUGGGGCAGGGCCGGGCUGUACGUCCGUGUGAGCCGUGGGCUCCUGCCCCACAAACAUGGUGCUGUUGUACACGAA